CAAAUUUCCACCGAAUGCACAACGUCAAAGGCUUGUCGCGGACGCCGUCCGUGAACAAGCAUCACCAGCUCGCCACGUUUGCCGCAGGGUGCUUCUGGAGCGCCCAACUGCACUUCAAGUGCGUGACUGGUGUGCUGAACACUCAAGUCGGCUUUAUGAAUGGCCGUACGCACAACCCGACUUUUGAAGAGGUAUGCGCUGACACCACUGGCCACGCUCUUGUCGUCCAGAUCACGUUCGACGACACCGCGGUGUCGUACGAUGACUUGCUCGAGUACUUUUGGUCGAUCCAUACUGCGUAUGAUGGCCUGGGCGAAAUGGACUUGGGAGGACCUCACCGUUCGGGCAUAUACUUCCACAGCGAAGCCCAGCAUGAAGCUGCCGUCGCGUCCAAAACCAAGCACGAAGCACUCCUAGCGCGCGAGACUUGGACAGAAAUCGCACCCGCGGGAACGUUUUAUCCUGCGGACGACUACCACCAGCGGUAUCUGGAGAAGGGCGGACAGUGCGUCCAUGGCGACAAGCACCCGUGCUGCGGAUAGUUCAUGUUAGAGCGUUGUCCAACGAGUUAAAGAACGAAGAAUUGGAUCUUUUAAUAUUUAAAGAAAAGACCCGUGUCCAUGCGCUUUUCCGU